AUGUCAUUCGUGUUCGUCACGAUGGUUGUUCAAAUGGUAUUUUUAUUUUUAUUAGUUGUUCCAUUACCAUUUGUAAUUCGUUCACAAAUUGUUGAACUUACUUUUAAAUUACAAAAAUCACAAAAUUUCAAAGUAUUUCUAACUUUUGCAUUGGUACUUAUGGGUUUACAAUUCUUUGAUUGUUUACAAAAAUUGGAUAAAUAUAAACAUACUACAAGUAAUCCAUUAUAUCCAGGUACUAAUUAUGAUCAAUUGGCUUCAAAAUUUUAUGCUCAAAGAAAUUUAUAUUUAAGUGGGGCUAUAUUAUAUUUACAAAUGUCAAUUUCAACAGUAAUUACAAUUGUUAGAAAAUUGGUACUUAAAGAAAGAGAAAUUAGAAAUUUUGGUAAAAAUGUUGAUAUAUCAGAAGAAAUUGUUAAAUUAAAGCAAUUAAUUGAAUUAAAACAAAAAGAUAUUGAUACAAUGAAAAAGCAAAUUGGUGGAAUUCAAACUGCUUAUAAUCAAUUGAAUAUAGAUGAAAGAACAAAUAAACAUGAUUAA